AGUUAAAUCAGUUUCUUUUGUUUUCUUUUUUUUUUUUUUGUCUUUGUGUUUGCCAGAUGGGGCUGCGAUGCGGGCAGGUGUUCAGACAGGAGACAGGAUCAUUAAGGUUAACGGGACCCUUGUUACACAUUCGAAUCACACUGAAGUGGUGGAACUUAUCAAAUCGGGCUCUUAUGUGGCCCUCACGGUUUUGGGGCGCCCUCCAGGACUCGCCCAGGUUCCAUUGCCUGAAGCAGAACAUGAGAUGUUGGGUAUCAGCCUAUCCUCUCCAAACUCUCCAGCAUUUGAACGCCCAUACAGUCCACUGAACUGCCUCUCCUCACUACAACCCUGGGAUCUGAACAGCAGUGCCUGCAACCAGAGGGCUGAUGUUUUGCAAAAGAAAUUCUCAAAAGAACAGCAGGAGCUGCAGGAGGCUGUUUCAGGUGGAGAUGAAGACAAUGGUAGCAUCAUAGAGACAGAUUGUGCACUUGCCCCUAAAGGAGAUAACAGCACAGACCUUUCCUGGAGCAGCACUCCUGUAUCUCACACGCUUGGACCCGUAUCUCCUGAUAGCCACUGUCCAAAAGACUCCUCUUGCGCCAGCCCAAAAAGCACUCCCAGGAACAGCUUCAACUCCUGCCACUCCCCAGAGGCAGAGGAUGGAACUGACCUG